GAGAGAGAGAGAGAGAGAGAGAGAGAGAGAGAGAGAGAGAGAGAGAGAGAGAGAGAGAGAGGGACUUUGGAGAUGGGGCCAGGGUUGACGUACAAGGACAAGAAGAUUCUGGCCCCGAUGGUGCGAGUGGGGACUCUACCCAUGAGGCUGCUUGCUGCCGAGUAUGGUGCGGACAUCACCUACGCAGAGGAGAUCGUAGACCACAAGAUGCUAGGCACAGCAAGGAUGGAAAAUGAUAUUCUUGGCACCGUGGACUUCGUCGAGAAGUCGACUGGCGAGGUGGUCUUUCGCACAUGUCCCGCGGAGACCCCCCACGUCGUCUUUCAGAUGGGCACGGCGGAUCCGGUACGCGCAUUGAGGACCGCCGAACUUGUCUGCAGGGAUGUUGCAGCUGUUGAUGUCAACAUGGGCUGCCCCAAGCAGUUCUCCAUCAGUGGAGGCAUGGGCGCCGCCCUCCUGUCGAAGCCGGAGCUGGUCCGCGACAUCUUAUCCACUUUAAAAAGGAAUCUUGAUUUGCCGGUCACGUGCAAAAUCCGACUUUUGGACACUUAUGAGAAGACGGUGGAGCUUGCGAGAGCCGUCGAAAGAACAGGAGUCGCGGCAGUUGCAGUUCACGGAAGGCGUGUGCGGGACCGACCCCGGGACCCGGCCCAAUGGGACGGCAUUGCUGCAGUGGCCUCAGCAUUGUCCAUCCCGGUCAUCGCGAACGGGGACGUGUUCGAGUACGCAGACUUCGAGAGAAUCAAGGAGGCCACAGGUGCUGCAGCUGUCAUGGUCGCCCGAGCUGCAGCCUGGAAUGUAUCUAUUUUUAGACCAGAAGGACCUCUGCCUAUUGAGCUCAUCAAGCAGGAGUAUGUUAGGAAGUGUGCAAGCACCGCCAACGAUGUGAAAUCCACCAAACAUACUCUAAAGGAGAUGAUAAUGCACCAUUCAUGCCUCGAGUUCCCCGAAGGGAAGGCAUUGAACGCCUGCCGGUCUCUUCAGGACAUCUGUAAGCUGUACAAGGUGGGAGAACUCUACGAAUCAGAUGGAUUUUGGAGGUGGAACAGCAGCAGCAGGAGCAGCAACACAAGCAGCAGGAGGAGAAGGGAGGAAAACCAGGACCAGAACAGAGACCAUGACCAGAACCAUGACCAGAACAGAGACCAGGACCAGGACCAGAACCAGGACCAGAACCAGGACCAGAGUAGAUACCAGGACCAGAACAGAGGGGUCCAAGAGAGAGUAGACUCUGAGUUAGGCAAUGAACAGAAGAGCAAUGAUGGAUGGACCCCACCCAAUCAAUCAGGGGCUGAUGGGAAACAACCAAGAGCAGAUCCCAACUGGGACAUGCUAGGAGAGACGUUCUGGUCAAGUCUGCAACUGAAUGAGGCUUGGAGGUGAUGUCCAAAAUCUCAUUUUGCAAUUGACUUUUUUUUUUUUUUUUUUUUUUUUUUUUUUUAGAUUGGAAAAAUGUGCAGUAGAAAGC